CUGCAGUGUGUGGUGACUGGUGAGGUCACUACCUGCGCCGAGUGCGUCGCAUUGUUGAAAUUUUUUCUCGUUUUUCGUUCUGUCAUAAAUGGGAGUGACAAAGCACCCAUCAAAGGGCCUUGAGAUCCGAUGUUCCACACCGUAGGCUGCCUGUCUCCAAGUGUGAACCGACACCCGGCUCGGGAAGGAUGUCCAGCACCGACCAGGCUCUGAUCCGGGAGACGGCGGCCGCGCUGCGCCACUGCUGCGACCGCAUCCUCAACGACGGCGCGGUGCUGACGCUGUCGGCGCCGGCGCUGCGCGUGCUGCACGCCCACUUCAGCUCUCUGUUCCCGGCGCCGGUGCGCGGAGAGUUCGCGCCGGCCACCGCCUCCUCCCUGGUGGCCACCGAGACGCUGCACGAGCUGCAGUUCCUGCGCGACCUGGCGCAGCUGACCAGCGCGCUGUGCGUGACGGCCGGCUCGCCGCCCGCCGAGAGUCCCGUGCCGCUGGGCGACUUCAGCCGGCUGGAGCGGCUGCGGCUGCUGGAUGUGCCCGUCUGCUGGGUGGAGGGCCUGCAGGCGCGCCGGCCGUACCUGCGCGCGCUGCGCUGUGACGGCGGCGCCGACUCGCUGUGGCAGCUGCUGGCUGCCUGUGGCGCCGACCAGAGCUCUCCGUUCCUCUGGGAGGAGCUGACCGAGCUCUGUGUGACCCGCUGCCGGCUGACGGCCGUCGACAGGGACGCGCUCCGGCUGACGCCCCACCUCACCGACCUGGACCUGAGCCACAACCGAGUCGCGGUGUGUGACGGCCUGGAGUGCCUGGCUGGCCUGCAGCGGCUGAACCUGACGGCUAACACGCUCACCGCCGUGCCUGUGCUCUCUAUGCCGGCCCAUCUGGCGCUCCGCUGGCUCAGCCUGCGCGGAAACAAACUCGAGGCUCUGGAAGGCCUGGAGGACAUGGUAUCCCUGGAGCACCUGGACCUCAGCUACAACCUGCUGAUGAGCCACGGCGUGCUGCAGCCUCUGCUGGAGCUGCGUCGGUUGAGGAACCUCCAGCUGAGCGGAAACCCGCUGUGCUGCCUGAGCGACCACCGGCGCCGCACGGCGCGUCACCUGCACCACAACUGCCUCACCGGACAGCUGCUGCUGGACGGCCGCCGCCUGCAGAGCUCGGAGGUGCCGCGCCGGCCCGACCCGCCGGCCUCGCGGCCCGUGCUGCGGCCCAGCUCGAGCACGGCCUCGGCCGGGCCGCCGCCGUCGCCUGCGGCCGCGGCCCGGCUCGGCCGCCCGCCGGGCCAGCCCGGUAGGCGGGUCCGCUCAGCCGCCGGCUCCAUCGGAACGGGGGACAAGGCGUCCAACGGCGACACGCCGCGCGCGGGCCGGCGCCGCUCGAAGCGCCGCUCUCGUGUCAACAUGGCCGACAUCUCGGAUAUGGACUCGACUGCCAGCCUGACGGGCGGCCUGGCCUCCAGCCUGGAGGGCGUCACCGAGGCGGCCGACACCUGCGGCGGCGCAGCAGAGAGCGAGCUGCCGUCGCACCUGGUGACCCGGGAGCGCAUUGAGUCGCUGCGCCAGCAGAUGGGAGCCGACUGGCUGCACAGCCGCGGUGGAGCGCGCGUCCAGGAGCUGCUCGGCCUGCCGGCGCAGCCGCCGCCCACCUUCAGUGUGGGCAGCGUGCCUAUCGAGAGCCCCGCCUCCCGGGCGGUGAACGGUACCGGUAGCGCGGGCGCCACGCCACCAAGCGCCGCCCGCAGCACGCCACCGGGAGCCGACCGGCCGCCGGCGCCGCCUGCCGCCGACGGAGCGGCCGCCGCUUCGGAGCCGCCGCCGGAGCCCAGCCUGUACCCGAGCAGGGAGGCCCGCGCCGGCCGCUCCUGGGAGCACGACUCCAGCCAGGAGGAGGAGGAGGAGGAGGAGGAGGAGGAGGAGGUGGUGUGUCUGGUGGUGGCUGAGCGUCUGGUGCGGGCCGGAGUCCAGGAGGACGUCAUGCUCACCGUCACGGCCACCGCCGUCAAGGAGAAGGAGCUCGACGCCGGCAGGACCGUGGCAGAGUGGGACCUGCGCUGUGUGGAGGCGUGCCACGUGACCAAAAUGGAGCCCCUCACAGUGCAGCUCAACUUUGACACGGUCAAGAAGGAGAAACGGGAGCGAAACUACACCAUGGAGCAGAGCGAGUGGGAGGAGCUGAGCUCAGCGCUGCUUCCCAUCAUCGAGGCGCGGCUGGCCUCUGAGCUGGCCGCUAACGCCCUCCAGUGUAUGAAAUGCGCCGCCGAGUUCUCAGACGCCUUGGCCAAGACGACGGCCGCCCACCGAGACGUAAAGGCGGGACGAACGAAGCACGUGCAGACGUGUCCCAACUGCGGCUCCAACAUGAUCAUCCGCGCUGAGAGGGUGUCGCACCCUAACGCCGAGGUGGCUCCGUCGCCCGGAUCGCUGCCGAAGGUGGUUCCCAAGAGGCCGCCGCUGAAGAAGCGGCUCAGCAGCAAGAAGCUAGUGGCCAGCACACCGCGACAUAUGAUGGAUGAGAAAGCCGAAGCCGCCCUGCUGGGCUCGACUCCGACUGGCGCGGAGGCGGCGGACGCCGAGCACGUCAGCUCAGAGACCUCCUCCAACCACACCCGGCCAGCGACUGGCACCGACUCGUCCGUCUCAGUGGUGACGCCCGAGCCGGAGCCUGUGGUACGCCCGGGUGGCCGCCAGACGGGGCACACCACCCCGGAGAGGGCCGACUCGGUGCCCGUGCGGUCCGACAGCGAUGUGGAGGUGAUCAGCAAUCCCAGCGAGAGCAGCAUCGACGUCAUCAUGGACUCGACGACACGGAGCGAGACUGAGGAGGCGCACACCCGCCCGGUGGCAGAAGGUCGGGAGGCGGCCGCCGCCGGCCGAUCUGCAGCCCCGGGCGGCGCCGUCCGUGCUGCCGAGCCGCCCAUGGAGGAGAGCAGCUCGUCAGGUUCCAUGACCGCCAGCGUCUGCACUGUGCGGGACAAGAGGGUCUGCGCCGCGCCUCACCCGCCGCCACCCGCGCCCGCGCCGGCCUCGGAUGUCGCCGACCUCAGCUGCACCCUGACGCCCGAAUCGGCCGCCAGCGACGCCCUCGACUGCAGCGCCAUCUCGCCCAUCAACACUAGCGCCAUCUCGCCGCUCGACACUAGUGCCACCUCGCGGGAAAGUGGCCAUCAGUCCGCCGCGGCCGCACCGAACGAUAGUCGCUGCUCUCAGGCGCUGCUGGAGAGCUGGCGGCGCGGCGGCGACUCGGAGUCCGAGUCAGAGUCCGACUCUGUGGAGGAGGUCGGAUCGGGCUGUGUGCGGUUCUGGCACGACGAGCCGACGCGUCUCGAUCACCGGCUGCAGCUUCACCUGGACAUGAACGUGCUGGAUGAUGACGAACAGGUCGUGUGCGUCUCCAAGGUGACGUGCGCGCUGGAGCCCCAGUACCAGCAGCAGGAGUGUGUCCUGGUGGUCACCUCGUCCACCCUCCACCUGCUGGAGAUUACCGGCGACGACAGUGACCAGCUGGAGCGGUGGCUGCGACCCCGUCUGACCCGGCCGCUGACCGAGGUCACCUCGAUCGGCCCGCUGCUGCACUGCCACGGCCUGGCACUGCAGGUGACGGGCCGAGAGCCGUCCCUCAACACCCAGCUGCUGGUGGUAACCAGGGAUGCGGCCAGGGGACGGCGGCUGCUGCAGCACCUCACAGGGUCGUGUCCGGGCGCGGCGCCCACCGACCGCUGGCAGGCCACCCAGCGACUCCAGGUGGAGAGCAUGCUCUCCGGGGAUGCUGGUGCCGACCUGGCACUGCAGCAGCUACUCUUUCUGCAGCUACUGCGCGACGAGUCCGACUCUGUAGACUCAGACUCUGAGCCGGUACCGGUGAUGCUGUGUAUGACUCCGUCCGACCUUCUGCUGAUGGAGUGUGACCUGCGCUGGCUGGUGCCCGGUCACGGCGACGUCAAAAUACCCAUGAGGGACCGAGAGAAGGUGGCCAAUAUCGUAGGACUGGAGCUGCUGCGGUGCGCCUCGGCCGGCCGGCCCGGUCUGCGGCUGCUGUUCCAGGACGCCAGCUCGGGUACCGAACACAGCUGGAGGCUGUCGGCGGCCAGCCGCGCCACCGUGGCGGAACUGGUGGCGGGCCUGGAGCAGCCGUGGGCGGCAGCCGGCCAGCCGCUGCAGGCGGCCUGUGACCUGUACAGGACGGCGGAGGGCGACCUGCUGCGGCUGGGACGGUGCGGCGCGCCGCUCACCGCCAGCUGGCUGAGAGUCACCGCCGAGCCGCGGACAAACGAGUGAACAGUCCAACCGACACAACCUGGCCUCACCUCACCUCAGCGGGUCAGUCAUCACCGAACCGCGGGCUGAGCCGUGAACGGUCAGCGACCCGACCUGACCUGACCUGACCGGGUCAGACGCCACCGAGCCGCGGGUCCAACCGACCGACCCAGCCUACCUGACCUGACCGGGUCAGACGCCACCGAGCCGCGGGUCCAACCGACCGACCCAGCCUACCUGACCUCACCGGGUCAGACGCCACCGAGCCGCGGGUCCAACCGACCGACCCAGCCUACCUGACCUCACCGGGUCAGACGCCACCGAGCUGCGGGUCUGAGCGGUCUGACCGACCUGACCUGACUUGACCUGACCUCAUCGGAUCAGCGGUCUCAAGUUACCCGGUCGGCGGCCGGACUCAGCCAAUGUAUGACCUAAACAAACCUCGCCUAAUGGAUUUGUAACGCUACCUCCUAAUUCGUCUCCGUGCUUCCCCAGUUAGCAUACCUCCGAUCAAGCACCACUACCGCCCGCCCGCCCGCCGUCCGUGCAGCCUUCUGCUCCGCCCUGGCUCGGAGCUAAUUCUGGCAGCCAGCAGGGCUUCUGCGUGCGUCAAAUACCCUGCUGGAUCGUUCAACCCUUACGGCUGACUAGAAAUCAUUUACGGUGGGUGUUGCAUCAAGUUUUCGGGAGUUGCCUCUACUCCCUGAUUAGUGAUGUGGCUAAGUGUCGGAUGAUGACCGGACAGAAGUUCCUUGUGAGUAGCGGGUGUGCCGUACUCUGGAUGUGUGUGGGGAGAAGUUGCUUCUUGGAAUGUUUAUACCCGUGGAAUAAUGUAGACGAUGCAUUCGUAUUCAUUGGGUGUGCUGUGAUGUAUAUGUAUGGUAAACGAAUAUUUAAAUGAAUAUUGGCCAAGUCAGGUCUUUGAAGCGAUUACUAUCGUUUAUUAUUUUAUUGAUACUUGUGCUUAAUCGACAAUAAUGCUCAGUGUUGACCGUGUUGUGAUUCAAGGUAGCCAUAGAUGUAUUUGCCUUAAAGCCAACUCGAAGUAUAAUGCAAUAAAUAAUAUUCGAGAUU